AUGACAAAUGUAGCGCUGGAUAUAUUUUAUCACGGGAAAGACACCUACUUGAAAACUGUGGAUUACUAUAGUGUCGUUUUAGAAGUCGAUUUACGGCGAUUCAGCAAAUCGGCGGAGAUCGUUGAUAAACUACGCGUUCAUUUUGCACGACACGGAAUACCACUUCAGGUGACUUCCGAUCGUGGUAUCCAACUUCGCAGUACCGAAUUACAGAAAUUCAGUGAAGGACGGCACUUUGAGCACCACGUUACUAGCCCUCUAUCACAGUCAUUCCAACGGAAAGACAGAAAGCGCGGUCAAACAGGCAAAGAAGCUUAUUGA